UAGCCAACAAUACGCUUCCUUGGUUCCGCUCUUAUCUAAGUAACAGAAAACAAAGAGUAAGCUGUGGAACAGAGCUAUCUGAGGAACUCCCAAUCACUUAUGGGGUACCCCAGGGAAGCAUUCUGGGUCCUCUGCUAUUCAAUGUCUACAUCAACGAUUUACCGAAUUCACUGAAAUAUUCGCAUGGGACACUGUAUGCUGAUGACACAGUAAUAUUUUGUUAUGGGUCUAACACGCAGGAGAUAAAAGAAAAACUGAAUGAGGACUUGUUAUCCGUGGCUAAAUGGCUAAAAGGAAAUAAACUAACUCUGAAUCUCGACAAAACUAAGUGACUGUAUGCUUAUAGGUAGCAGCAGAAAAAUUUCAAAUUCUAGCCUUUCUGUAUCUAUUUUGAAUCAUGGAAUUGAUUCUACAGAUAGUUUUAAAUAUCUAGGUAUUAUCAUUUCAUCUGACUUCACAUGGUCAGAACAUGUGGAUUAUAUAGGCAAGAAAAUUAAUCAAAGACUAAGUCUUCUUAGGAGAAUCAAGCAUCUAUUACCUUUUAAAUCCCGUCUUUUAUUUUAUAAUUCUUUAGUUCUACCUCUAUUCGACUAUGCAGAUGUUGUUUGGGGAGAUAAGAACAAUGCAACAAUUAUGGGCAAUCUCCAGACUUUGCAAAAUAAGGCCGCUAAAAUAAUAUUAAAUAGACCUCUUUACUCUUCAUCCAUAGAAGCGCUUAACGCUUUAAAGUGGCUACCUUUGUCUAAAAGACGUCAUUACAGGCGAUGUAUUUAUAUUUACAAAUGUAUUCAAGGUUUAGUAAGCCAUCAUUUAAAUUUAGAGCGUCAACAGGAUCAUCAUAAUUACAAUACCAGGAACAAUGAUCAUUUUAGACUUCCCAGUAUAAAACGAAACUGGGGUAAGCAAAGACUGAGCUACCAUGCAGUUAGUGAUUUUAAUCUAAUACCAAAGGAAAUUAAAAAUUCAAGUUCUAUUCAGGUUUUUAAACGUAAGAUCUUAAAUUAUUUUUUUGCCUAGAUAUCUAUGAUGUAAUGUUAUAUUUCUUGUAAUAGUUAUAAUUCGUAUUUUUAGUAACAAUUAUAGUUUUAAGACUUUUAAUUACCUCAUAU